GAUGGUCGCUAAAUUCCAAGUGCCUGCCUUGGACCGCAAUUAUUCAGUGGACAGAUAGCAGGUUACAACAGAGCGAGUGCUCAGUUUAAAGCAAGAGUUCUCCAAGGCUGCCAGGGCGUUAGUGGUGAAACCCAUCAAGGAGGAGAAGACAUGGUGUUUCCGGGCUGAGCUCCUACACAGCAUCGUUGACUGCUGUGCCAAUAUUAUGUCAGAUGUAGACAGAGAGAGGAAUUACCUGUGUACCUUAUCUGUCUCUAGGACCAUCCCAGCGGACUCUCCUGAGUGCCCAGAGAGAGAGUGGCGGUCACUUUGGGGGAGCGGACUGGUGUUCCGAAAAUGGAGAAGGAGCAGGCCAUUCGACAGCAAAUUCAAAGAUACACCCAUCCUUGGAGGGAAUUGAAGUGGAAUUGUUUUUUUUACCAGUUUCAACAGACAUGCUACCUUGUCCCGGACCUGCGGUUUCAACUCUGUUUUUCAGUCUCUCGGUCCCAGCUUUGAUGCAACUGUACUGACCUCGCCUUCUGGAUGGUAGUGGGGUGAAAAGGCCGUGGCUGUGUAAAGUAUAUGUAGAUGGGAGGAGUAUUAUGUGCCAGCUGAGCCUAAAUGCUGCUAUUGUGGUGGUGAACAUACACCUGAAUUUCUGAAGUGUCCUGUGAUGGAGGUGGUAAGAACAAGGGCUGUCCAGAAUGUCACCUAUCCGAAGUUGUUGAGCAGUGAAAGAAAAGAGUGAAGUUGAAGAAAUAAUGGUAGUAGGAGUAGAGACACAAGAUGAUGUUCCUUGUCAACAGGGGGAUCCUGACAUGUAUGUUAAGAAAGUGGACGUUGUAGCGUUUAUUGGUUUGGUUAUCAACUGCACAUCACAAACAGAGAGGAAAUCUAAGAAAAUAGGCAUUGUGAGUGUGACUGUCGCUGAAUGUUCCAUCCUCACAGGCACCUGUAGGAAUGCAAUUUGAAUGUAACUGAAGGAGUGGGAUGGUUGUAAGAUUACUUUUUUAAAUGAUCCUCCUUCCUGCAUUUGAAUAUAUUAUUUUUGUUUUGUUUCAAGACCCCGUACAGUAGGUGGCGGCAAUAUACCAAUAGGUGUAGUCUGCUAUAACAUUUUAAAGAAGAAAACAACGCAACCGGAAGUUGGAAUCGCUAGUUUCCGUUUGGGUUCACAACUGCAACUGUUGAUGGUGGCAUAGCUAGCCAGCUACUGCUAUGUCAAUAUUUUUGAUUUAGCUAGCUAAAACAUUUACGAAGAAAAUGAGUUCUGAAGGGAAUCGACACGGGACGAAAAGACCUGGUUCUCCGAAUGAAGAUGGACCUACUCCAUGGGCAGCUGCAGAUCUGGGGGACAACGAGAGGAAGCAGAAGUUUUUGAGGUUGAUGGGCGCAGGGAAGAAAGAACACACUGGACGUCUAGUCAUUGGAGAUCACAAAUCAACAUCCCAUGUCCGCAGCGGGGCGGAGGACCGGAGGAUGAACUCUGAGCUGGAGUUGCAGUACCAGCAGGGGCUGGACGGGAAGCUGUCAGGCAGGAACAGGAGACACGUCGGACUGGGCUUUAGCGAGCCGGACCCAGCCCCACCUCCACCACCCGUAGAGGGCCAAAGCAAGGCAGAGCAACCAGCCAGUCCCAAUGCCCCAGACAGCCCCUCAGAACCCCAGGGCUCACCAGACAAACCCCCCUCACCAAACCCAGAGGACAGCACGAAAGACAAAGAGGACAAGAAACACACCUUCAAAAUGGCCUUUGUGAAGUCAUCCUAAGACUGGGAAAAAAACAGUCACUUUUUUUCUAAAGUCAAACCACAGAUUUGUACAUAAAGUCGUUCUUUUGUGUCUCUGCAGUACUCCCAAGCUGAUACAUGGUAACUUUGUGGUUUAAGAUGGCUUUUAUGUUUCAAUGCUGAGCAGCAAACCAGUAGUGCACUACUGAAGGAGGUAACAAUCAUUGAGACAGAUUUCCCGUGUUGUUUCCUUGUCAAUUUUUGUUAGGAAUUCCUGACUGAAAGAGGGACUACCGACAUGUUAUAAAUGGUUGAGACGAAGCUCAUGAGUUAUAAAAUGUACUUAAACUACAAAUUGAAUAUCAAUAAAUUCAAGUGUACCACACAGUAGGGAUGAAUAUUUUCUCAAAUCUACCAAGGUGGCUAUUUCAAAGCAUUUAAAAAUCAAAUCACUAUACCAGGGUUCUCCCUGCGCUACAUUGCCGGCUUGUCUGGGCCACUGUGAAACUGAUAUUUAGUAACUUUGAUCAGCGAAACAGGCCGUUCAAUACAUUUCAGCAGUAGGAUAUCUCAGAGUGUGAACCCCGAGUAGGCUGUAGCAUCAUAACUGCAACGGCAGUCAAAUGACCAAAGAUACUAAGCUUGCUAGAAAACCUCCAACGAAUGACAUAAUAUCCUAUUUGGCAAUAUUGAGUUGAUAAUUAGCCUAUGCAGAUCAGUGCAUGAAUAAGAGAUGAGGAUAUUGUUCAAAUAAAAAAUCCAUAUCUACUCAUACAAUUUGAUCACAUAUCUACUGAAGCUCUCAGAUGGGCAGCAAUACGAGACAGUGCAGAAGCAUUAUAGUGAUAUGUAGAAGAGCUUUUAAAGACAGGACUGUCCAGCCAGCAAUCCCAGUUAAUUUGAGUUUAUUCUGAUGAUAGACAAGGAAGCACAUUAGAUGGGCAGGAUAACACUAUGUUGAUGGCUGUAGAUUUGUGAUUCGUCUGUUAGCCCCUGCUAACUUAUUUCCAUGCUAAUGCGACCAUUACAAUUAAAUGGGGAGUCAGGAUGUUGGGUUUCAGUGGGAUUGUGAUAUAUAGAGCCUAGGCUAUUUUCCUACGUCUACUGCGUGAGUCAAUAGAUAACUAAUACACUUGGUUUAGGCUACAUUGCAUGCUACAUGUUUCUGAUCAGUGAAAGAUGAGCAAACUAAUAAAUGAGCUACCACUUCCACUUGUCCGGCCAGAGAUCAAUUAACCAAAUAUACAGAUGGAGAUUCAGUGACAAGUCAGAGGCUUCUGUUCAGGAGUAGGACAGAAUACUCACGCGAGAAAAUACUCACGCGAGAAGAUCAAAAUCUACUUAUAUACAUGCUAGACACAUUUUCUGAUCAGCUAAUAUAUAAGCAAACUAGAAUAAAGAUGGUCAAUUUACCUAACAUUUCCCUCAGCCUAGUUACUAAAUAUCCAAACUGAUUCUGUGAAAACAAAAAUCUGACUGAUUGAUAUAUCUAGACAAGUCCACCAUGCUUGUCUCAAAGCAGUGCAAAGGCUCUGUCCCAAUCAAAAAGGUGCUGAAAUGAUAAUGAUAAUGUAGGUGACCACACAGGACUAUUGCUUUACAUUUGUAUAACGGUUGCAUAUGAUUUAGGGAUAUACAGUAUAAGCAAGAAUUUGAUACAUGCCUUCAAUUGCAUUAGCCUAUAACUAAGGUGAGUUUCUCUCCGCGCCUUUUCUAUUUCCAAUGGCUAUUUCCUCGUCUCAUCACUGUGCUGCCACCCGCCUCGUUCUCAAAACCAAUUUAAAUCAUUAUACUUAUUUUUCUAGAAAUCUGGCUUUUUUUUUGUUUUGGACUCAUUUAAUUUCUGUGAUGUCAGGCCUGGGCUCGGGCUUCAAGCUUUACGGACUUGGGUCGGACCGGGAUCUAAUUUUCAGUUCUGAUGAGAACUCAAACUGCAUUCAGAUCUGGUGUGCAGUCCAGCAAUGUCAGUUAUGUGUGUUUUGAAUUGAUGGCCACUUUGUGUGAAGUAAAUAUGCCAGGCUAAAAGGAUUCCAUGCAACAACCUGUAUGGAUAAUGUGCUUUUUUGUUGUUGCCAAAUCUGCUGCGCAUGUGUAUUUUGUGGAAAUGCAUUAGUGAGACAAUGUUGUAAUUUUCCAUGUCUUGUCAUUACAUUUUUUUGGGAAAUGUUAAGAGUGAUCCCUUUAAUUGUCAAUCGCGCUAUAAAGCCGAUUUUCAGCACUAUGGCUGGAAUUGAGCCCAAAAUAAACAUGUUCGUGUUUGAAUCGUCA